AAUAAUAAUAAACUGGGAAGCGAACUUGAGACUCCGGAGUUGGCUUGGGACGUCCUACUUCCAACGAAACCAAGGGCAUUUGACUGCAAAUUCCUGAAAUUCCUGUGCUUCUAUUGUUUUUCUGAAAUGGGUUACAUACAAGAAGCUCGAGAGAAUCAUGUGAAGAAGAAAGUAGAGGAAGCUUUGCGCAGCAAAAUGAAGCAGAAGGCGUUGAAGGAGUGCGAUCAUUUCGCUUCGAAAUAUGCUGAAUGCGCCUAUGGCAGAACGUUAUCCGUCGUUUUCAAGUGUCGUACUCAAGCUAAAGAAUUGAACAAUUGCCUUCACCUAUACACUAAUGAAUCCGUGUUGGAAGAGAUGAAGCGGGAAUAUGCACUUCAACACGAUGGGAAGCCAUGAGAAAGAGUAGUAUUAUGUGUCAAUCGACUCAGGUAAAUCGUUACCAGGAAUGAGUUGCCUUCGAGAAUAUAAUUAUUGCCAAAUACUAAAGUUCCCUUCCAUCUGCCAUUUAGGAUCUCCUCAUUGUUAGACUGGAGAGAGCCAUAGUCUGAUUUAUGGAUUUCAUCGUUCGUCUUACUUGGAGUGUAAGAAAGAUAAGCGAUGAUAUAACGUUUGAAUUAUUUUAUCGUCACCAAAUUUUAUAUUUGUUGACUUUUGAUCUCCAAAUUUUAA